ACUCCCACUCUUCCUCUUCUCUCUUUACGCUGUCUUGGGAAACAAGAAAAACGCUCUUUUCUUUUGGAACAAAGAACGACUCGUACUUGAACAAAAAAAAAAAAAACCCUUUGGAUUGCGCGCUCAACAAAUCUCAACCGUCCACCUUUUCAAUCCGACGCCUCUCUCCACUUUCUCUCUCUACUGAAAAACUUAAAACAGACUCUCUCUUUUCCUUCCCUAUCUCUGUCAUCUGCAGUUUUUUUCAUCAUAAACCCUAGUGAGUCGAAACACUGAAUCUCUCUCUCAAUCUUCAUCGCACGUUCUUCUCUCCGAUCUCACUCUCUGCGUUUCGUUCCAAUUUAAGACGCGAUCGUUGUUCAGAGUAACGAUGACUCUUGAUUCUAUGUGAGAAACCGAAAAGAUUAACCCGGUUCGAUUCCGGUUUUCUUCGUCCUCGGUUUUUGUGUUUAUACUCAAUUUCUCAAAAGAACCGUACGGCAAUGCCGGCGGCAGGUAUGAAGCGGUCUACUAGAGCUUUCGGAGUGGUUAUGAAGGGAUCCGACUCGGGUCGGGUUCUCCGGUCCGGUAGGCGGUUAUUUCCAGAACAAUCAGUCGAAGAGAAGACCAAGAGAGGGAAGGUAGGAGAUGAUUGCCCGAAGCAGCCACUUCCAUCUAAGAAAACGGCUGUGCCGGAAAAGACCGCUGAAGACGAAAGGGCGGUAGGGGAAGUGAAGAGGGGUCGGGAUGGUGACAAGGUUGACAGGAUGUAUGGUAUUGUGUAUAGUAGAAAGCGGAGAAGGACUGCCCGUUCUCCAAGAUUGGAACUUUAUAAAAAGAAAAGGGAAGAAACGGUGGAGAGUGGUGUGUGCAGUGUGCUUUCUGUUGUUGUGAAGCCUUGUGCUAGAAGAAAUGGUAGAUUUUCGUCUUUGUUGGUUUCGGUGUUGAGGUACAUGAGGAGGGUCACAGUUACAUUACCUGAGCUUUUGGCCUUUUUUAUGUCUCAACCGAUUCAUGCUGCCUUUGAUUCGCAGGGUGUAAAGUUUUUGCAGGGUUCUCCUCCUGUCAGCACUGGAAUCUGUUGUUUUUCUGGGAUCACACAGUUUAUUCCAUUGUUCUCUGUAGACUUUUCUGCUGUUCCAGUUUAUUUUGAGUAUCUGCAUUAUGCAAUGCUUUUAGAUUCUUUCUUUAGGUCGUUUUUUAUUGUAAAUAGUCCAAUAAUUGCACAUAGUGACGAUGGGGAUGAUUUGGAGGUAAUUGAUUUCCCAGAAUACAAAGAUAAACUACAGAUUUCGUUUGAUACUGUUGAAAGAGAACCUUCCAAGAGUGAAACUGUUAUCCCUGAUGUUAUUGAAAUCAAUGACAGUGUAUCUUUAUCUUCCCCUGUCAAGGGCACCAGGCUAGCCCGUAGUAGUAAUGGACAGUUUAGAAGUGUUACGAGCUCUAGAAGCAUUGUUCAGAAGAGGAGGAGUUCACUCAGGAAAAGGAAAGCUAAUAAUUCUUUUACCAUGACUUUACGCCGAAGUAAUAGAGAAGUGGCUUCGAAUUUAGUGGGUGGUAGAAAACGCAAUAACCAGCUGUCUGGUAUGACCUCCAGCACGAGGCUGAGAAGCUUAACCAAUGGGAAUACUGCUGGAAGGUUGAAAGACGCAAGUUCUGCCAUAGUAGAUUCUACACAAACUAUAGAGUCUUCUCUCUGUUCAGCAAACAUAUUGGUCGUAGAGUCGGAUCGGUGUUACAGGGAAUAUGGAGCAGGUGUCACUUUAGAGGCGUCUGCUUCCAGAGAAUGGCUUCUCACUGUAAAGAGAGAUGGAUUAACAAGAUGCACCUUCAAAGCUGAAAAAGUGAUGCGAUCUUGGUCUUCCAGCCGGUUCACCAAUGCAACAAUGUUUUCAUUAGAUAAUGGUUGGAAGCUGGAGUUUACCAACCGCCAGGACUGGUCUCUCUUUAAAGCCCUUUAUAAGCAGUGUUUUGAUCGAAAUAUCCCUGGUCCUGUUGCUAAAUUUAUUCCAGUACCAGGCGUGCAUGGGGUCACUUCCUAUGCUGAAAGUACCAAUUUUAUCUUUCAGAGACCAGCUACUUAUAUAUCUAUGCAUGGAGAUGAGAUAACUAGAGCAAUGGCAAGGAAAACUGCAAAUUAUGACAUGGAUUCUGAUGAUGAAGAAUGGCUGAGCAAGCUCAACAUUGAGUUGCAAGAACACGUUUCAGAGGAUAAUUUUGAGUUAAUGAUUGAUGCUUUUGAGAAGGUUUAUUAUUGUAAUCCAGAUGAUUCCUUUGAUGUAAAAUCUGCGGUUAGUAGUCGUCAGGAUCUUGGUAGCAAGGAGGUUAUAGAAGCUGUAUAUACCUAUUGGAUGAGGAAACGGAAGCAAAAACGCUCUUUGCUAAUUAGGAUUUUUCAGAAUCAUCAAUCAAAGAGAGCACCACUUAUUCCAAAGCCUUUGCUGCGAAAGAAGAGGUCAUUUAAGAGACAGCCGGGUCAGUUUGGCAGAAGCAACCAGCCAAGUCUGCUGAGAGAUUUUGUAGCUGAACAAGAGGCCUUGGAAGAGAAUGCAAUGCUUAGGCUUGAACAAGCUAAGGCCUCAGCAAAAGCAUCCAUGGAAAUAGCCAUUCAAAAACGCAAAAGGGCUCAGUCUCUUGCUGAAAAUGCAGAUUUGGCAACCUAUAAGGCUGCAAUGUUGAUUAAAAUAGCCGAAGCAGCUGUGGCUACAGGAUCAGUAGAAAUUGGGGCCAAAUACUUUCUUGAUUGAUGGUUAAGGUCAAUUCUGUUCCGUUUGCUAAUUAUAACACCACAUAUCUUAUUACAGGAAUGCUCACAGUAGAUUUGCUGCUGUGUUUUUCCCCCCUUUUAUACUGUAAACAGUGUACAGAUUUUUGUUUGAAUGUACAAUUUGGUUAGGAAUCAAGACCACACCGAUCUUCCUUACCCCGAGAGUGGUGAUUUCUUUCCCUUGGAAGAAAGAAAGAAUUAUAAGAAAAAGAUUUACAGGAUUUUCAUGA